AAAACAUGCUAACAAAAGCGAAAUAUUUUUUUUUUAUUAGCUGAACGGGUUACCUAUGUUGCGUAAGGAUACUUUCACUUUCGUUUUAACUUUGACAGUCAAUGAUUGAGUCGGGCAGUGUAACUUACUAUGACAUAACCAGAAGACGAUGAGUGGAACAUCACGACUUGUCCAGGUUGUUAAUCUUGGUCGUAUGGGAUUCAGAACUGCACAGCAGAUUCAGGACAAAUACAAACAGAGAUAUUUUGACUUUCUCCACGGAAGAGCAUCAUCUGCAUAUGACACCCUGUUAUUAGUUGAACAUGAUCCUGUUUACACAAUUGGCAUCCGAACUAAAAACUAUGACGAAGAAGCAGAGCAAAAAUUACUCAAAACGGGAGCAGAAUUUAUUCGGACCAAUCGAGGAGGGCUGAUCACAUUUCAUGGACCUGGACAGUUAGUUGCUUAUCCAGUUGUUAACUUAAAACAUUUUAAGCCUAGCAUGAAGUGGUAUGUGUGUGCCUUGGAGAAAACCAUGAUUGAUACAUGUAGAAAGUUUGGUCUGAAGGCAAAUGCAGAUCAAGAGACUGGGGUGUGGAUUGAAGACAGAAAAAUCGGAGCAAUAGGAAUACAUGGAAGUCGAUACGUAACCACUCAUGGAAUAUCGUUAAACUGUACCACAGAUCUUGACUGGUAUAAAUCCAUUGUACCAUGUGGAAUAGAGGGCAAAGGGGUCACAUCCAUCACUGAAGAACUUGUAGUGGAAGUCACAGUUCAAGAUGUUUUGUGGCCAUUUUUAGAGAGCUUUAAGCAACACUUUGAUUGUGAUCUAUCUUUUGAACAUUUGUCAAAACAAGACCUUUCACUUAUUGAAGAAAGUGAAAAGAAAUGUCAACAAAUGAUUUUAGAAUCAGCAAUAAGGACAAAACAAUUUUAGUAUUUAAUUAUUUAUCAUAAUAAAUAUUUGACAGAUCUU